GGCAUUCAAGGAAUUUAAGGUUAGGUAACUUCCAAUUGCUUAUUUUGCUUUCGAAUUGUGGGGAAUUUACACAGUUUUCUCUGAAAUUUAGAGUUACGCGUCGUCAAUUUGUAAUCUUACCUUGCAGUAAUUAUGGUAAAUAAUGCGCAUUAAUCUUCCUCUGGACGUUAUUUCCUCUCCACACUUCAUCCGCUUCAUUAUUCAAGCUCACUCCUUCAGCACAACAUAAUUUAGUUUAAGUGUAUUGUGUCUCUUCGAGAACUAUAAUGUUCGUUUCGCGGAAAUUACUAAAGCACAGUCUCUUCUGGUUACCUGCAGGUGGUUUUCUGUAUUCGCUGCACUCUAAUAAUUAUGAUUUAGGCUCUGUUGGUGCCAUUCGGUUUGGGCGAGCUGCUGUAACGGUUUUUGACAUUGGAUUGUGUUACAAGAAACAAGGUUAUGCGAAGAAAUUAGACCCUGAAUCAGACGAGUAUCGGCAGAUUCGAUCAAAAACACACUAUCAAGGAGCUGAGAAAUUGCUGGAGUUAUGUCGAGCAAACAAGGGUGUAUAUAUCAAAGUUGGGCAGCAUAUAGGUGCUUUGGAGUAUCUUCUACCCAAAGAGUAUGUUAACACUCUGAAAGUUCUGCAUAGUCAUGCGCCAAGUUCAUCCCUUGAGGAAAUCAGUGCAGUUCUCAAAGAAGAUCUGAAGAGAGACCCAGCUGAAAUUUUUGAUUCAAUGGAAGAUGAGCCUUUGGGUGCCGCAUCUUUAGCUCAAGUUCAUAAAGCUGUCCUUAAAAAUGGAGAGACUGUAGCCGUGAAAAUACAACAUCCGUAUGUGCGUUCUCAUUCUGUGGUGGAUAUGAAAACAAUGGAGGUCUUAGUUUACAUUGUAUCCUGGGUAUUUCCAGAGUUUAAAUUUCGAUGGCUAGUUGAUGAAAUGAAACGGAAUAUCCCUCAAGAGCUUGAUUUCUCUCACGAGGCUAAGAACACGGAGCAAGCAAGACGAAUCUUCAAGCACUUUCCUUGGCUUAAAAUACCAACGAUAUAUUCUGAUUUAAGCACAUCGCGUGUCCUCACAAUGGAAUUUGUGGAAGGAGGUCAGGUUAAUGAUUUAGACUACAUUCGAAACAACAAGAUCAACCCAUUUGAUGUUUCCGAUAAACUUGGCAGAGUUUAUUCUGAAAUGAUUUUUAACUCAGGAUUUAUUCAUAGUGAUCCGCACCCUGGAAAUAUUUUGGUCCGAAAAGUCAAAAGUGGAACACAGCUUAUUCUUCUUGAUCAUGGGCUGUAUGCUACACUUUCUCCAGAUUUUCGCUACAAUUACUCAAAACUAUGGAUGAGCAUUUUGAACAAGGACAAAGACGGAAUGAGAAAGUACUGUGAUUAUCUUGGAGUGGGAGAUGCUUACGCUCUUCUAGCGUGCAUGGUGUCCGGCAGGACGUGGGACGCUAUUGAGUCUGGGAUCAACAAAGUUGAAUAUACAACAAAUGAGCGAGAUUUAUUUCAAAAAGAGAUUCCUGGUCUUUUGCCUAAAUUGACUGAAAUACUCCAAACUGUAAAUAGAGAAAUGCUUUUAGUCCUGAAAACCAACGAUCUGCUGCGAGGGAUCGAAUUCACACUCCAGACUCAUUCUAGGAAAGCGUCAUUUUUGGUCAUGUCUCAGUGCUGUGUUAAAAGUAUUUAUGAAGACAAAUUACGAGAAGUAAAUGAUCGGUGGGCAAGAUUAAGAAUCCUCAUUGCAGAACGAUGGGCCCUUUUUACUUUGUCUGUAUAUUAUACCUAUUUAAGUCUCAAAACGUUCUCUUUUUCAGAUACUUUUAGAAUACUUUUCUAACUCUUAUUGAAACAUUUUCAGAGUUAGCUGAAAUCUCUUGCUUGCAUGUAAUUUUAUAAAUACUUUUACUUUAAAAAUGACAUUUUAGGAGACCCCUUGGUUCAGAUGCUCUUUUUUAGCACCUCAUUUUUGUUAUGAAAAGCAAAUGAAGAUGUUCAAGUGUUAUAAACACUUAAAAUUUAUCCGGUUUCAUAUUGAUGGCCAAAGUGUGAAACCACGUAUUUCCGUUUUUGACGUUGCACGUAUUCUGUCAUACUUUACCGUUUCCUUGGAAAACUAGUCAACAUGAUUUCUCGAUAACGUCCUUGAUUUUUCUACUCUGUAAGCAGAAAAUUCUGUGAAAAUUUCAAGCUAUAAAGUUGGCUUGUUUCUCCUUGAAGAGUAAAAUAGGAGUGUAUAUUUUAAAACAUCACAAAGGAAAUACGUGGUUUUGCACUUUGCCACCAAUUUAGAAGAGAUGGCUUAUGGUAAGAGCAGUAACAAGAAGCAUUUUGAAUAGUACGAAAAUCAAAAGAAACGAGAAAAACAUCUCGCAACAUUAACUUUAAACAAGAAGUAACAAACUGCAAGUUGAUAAAUGUAGACAAAGGAAAGUGGUCAGAAAGGAAGAAGAAAGGGAAAAAACGUGAACACAUCUUUAUCGAAUGGGGACUUUUCUUUAUAACUUGCAAACAAGUUCUAAUCCUAUAGAAAUAUAUGUAGAGGUAUUCUCAACAUUCUUCCUGAAAAAAAAAAAAAAAAAAAAUAUGACAUUGAGUAUUUUGAAGCUACAAAAAGUUCAAAAUAUUGGGUCCAGCUCCUCCCUUCUCCCACGGAGAGACCAUUUGAAAUCUGCCUCUGUACCUAUCGAAUCUCUACAGAGUGAAGACCCUGUAAAUUUCAUGCUUUAGUGCGGGAGCGCACAAUUCUCAUGCUAAUUGGUCCCUCUGAAAUUCAAUGUACCUCUUCUUUUCAAGAUUUUUGCUUGAUAAUUUUAAAAAAUUAGAGAUGUUCUACCAUUUUAAGUUACCUGCUCUCAAGUUCAAUGACUGCCAACUAGUGUGAUCAAAAGAAUCUUCUCGGUACCUUUCACCCCUUAAGACACAAAAUCUGGAGUUUUAAAAGAAUAGAUAUUACUCAUUAAGUUUUAACAUUGUUCUCAACAUCUCAAUGCAACAUUUUUUUUUUUAAAUUACUGGUGCUGGAACAACAUCUCUAUUUUAGCCAUUUUUUAUUUUGUAUUUAUUAUUUACUGAGCAUGGUUUAUUCUUUUAUCUCCUAAUUUAUUUAUUUUGUAAAUAAUAAUAUUGUUUCUUUGUUAUGUAUAGACUCAUGGUUACAUUGUAAUAGCAGAGAGGUAUUUUUUAGUGUAUUUUUUAAAAAUCAGUUAACUCACUGGGAAAGUUUUGCGUUAAAAUCUUGCCAAUAAAAAAGUUGGGUCCAAUUACAAUUGUCCACAGAAAGAGAGAGGUAAAAAUCGGGCGGAAAACAUUUCAGGUUAGAAAAUUUUGUUGAGAAAUCUGCAGUUGAGUUUUCUGUGGAAAAUGCCGGACAGUAUCCCAUUAAAUAUGAGCAGUGUUAUUCGUUUUUUUGUUUAUAGAGAGAAUAAUGUUUGCUCAUUUGUUUGUCUCCUCUGGUUUGAUUGGCCUAACUCCACUGUGUGUAUGAAAAGUUACGAUCAGAAGAGUUUGCUCACUGUUUGAUCAUCUCCCAUGGAUGAUUGGUAGACCAAGAUUAUAGAAAAUUGAUGAAGUUACAUUUCGAUUUUGUUGAAAGUUAGAUGGUUCAUAAGCGCCACACACAUUUCUUGAGAUUUAUUUCGAAGUAGUAAAGCUGUUGUAGUCUGUCAUUCAACUUGUUAGUCCAACGCAUUCUAAUGUGACAAUGGACCUGUAACACAAUUUUUUUUUAUUGCUUGUAUGGGCAUAUUGUUAAUAAUGAGAACAAUAAUUUAUUUUUGUCAAAUUUACAACACACCAGCCAUUACAUACAGUAUAUCAUAAAUUUUGCAGAAAAUCGUCUGAAUCAAAAUAGAUAUUUUAUGCACUCAGAAGCAUCUCAAAAAUGUUUUCCUCCCCAGUUUUUUCGAUUUUAUUUUCAUUUUUAUUUAUUUAUUUUUAUGAUGUAUUAUGAUGUUAUUGCCAGUAUUAUUUCCUUCUAUCACUAAGUGUGUUGCUGUAAGUUACAUAAAGUCGAGAGUUCUCAUUAAAACUAGUAAAAUCCUAAGUUUGACUUUGUGAGAAAUGUCAGACUUAGUAAGAUUUGCUUUUACGACAAGAGAUUUUAUUUUACAAGUGAGUUCUAAGAAACAUCCUUUAAUCCACACCUUAAUCCUCUCAUGUAAGGUUUCCUCGGACAAUUAAAAAUUAGUGCUCAGCUUGAAAUGAACUAGUAGUCCAGGUGAACAAGAACUGGGAUUAAUCAUUAAAAUUUAUUGUUUAUUGAAGUGGAAGUGUCAAAAUUUUGUAAAUUUAUUUCAUGAAUGAGAAAUUGGUGCCAUCUGUCCCAAUUUUUGUCAAACUUAUCAUAAAAGAAAAGUUUUCUCAAGUCAAGUUCGUCACAAAAACCAAGAUUAUUCAGGGCGACAACUUUUUCUUGACAACCUUAGAAAUAUUAUGUAUUCAAGGAAGGAAAUUAUUUACAGGGAGUAGAACUCUUGUUAUUUGUCGGACGUAUUAAUUUGUUGUCAACAGUCAAUUUUGACAAUGUUUCUGGUUCAAAGUGCUUAAGAUAAUUGAAUUCCAGUUUUAUUUAGCUUAGAAAAGAAAUAUAGCACUAGCCAAUUGCCUCUUAAGGUGGACGUCAUAUUACAAACUUUUGUCCUCAAUUAGAAAAAACUUACUAAAAGACGUCAUUUUGUUUAUAUCCUUUUGUCUUAUCUACAAUGUCCACUGAAUUAGUGAAUCAGGAUGAGACAGGAAAAAUUUUUACUCAGAAUUCUAAGUAUUUCAUAAAAAAGACAGAAAGAAUGCCCCCCCCCCUUAAUAAUAUGUCUCUCAUUUGGGAGUUCAUGAUAGAAUAAAGACUACGGGCAAUUAUAAUUUUAGAAAGGCAAACGGAGAACUUUGCUGUCAGUUUGAAAAUUAUCCGUGCAGAUUGCUCCUUUUUAUGCACGUUCAUAAACUAUUGAUUAAAAUGACCUAGAAUUUUAGUCAUUUUGAUUUUGCAUAACCUGGCAAAAUUGGAGAUCUUAUCUCUCGGAGCUGUAAUUACCUGUUACUCCUUUAAAUGUUCAAUCUUGGUAAGCUUUGAUGACUUUAUCAAUAUUCAGUCAUUCAAGUCAAUUUCUUUGUGAAAGAAUGAUAAGAAAACUUGGACCAACAUUACAAGGACAAAAUGAGUAGAUAUAAUUUUCAUUUCAAAUCUCUUCCCAACCUUUUGUCCAAUACAUGUAAAUAUGUGCUGAGAUUUUCUUAAUAGACCGAAUUUAGUGUAUUUUUUAAGCCAAAGAGUCCAAGAUUUUUAUUUUCCUAUUUUAAAAUUAUCAAAGACUGUCAACGAUCGUAAUGUUCUGUGAGCGGAGCAACAUUCCAAUGAAAUGCUUUUUUUCAUGUAAUGUUAGUCUCCGACUGAAUAUCUCGAUCAGUUAUUUGUUGAAUUAUAGUUUUAAGUUUUAGUUUCAAGACAAAGGAAGUCAAUAAAAAAAUAAUUUUUUGUUUUGUACCAAAUCACUGUUUGUUUAGAUUUAAUAAAUUAUUUUGGUUAUGA